UAUCGAUAUUUUAUUAUCAAAGAAGUAGCCCUCCUUUAACCUAAUAUAUACAAGAACACAUACGCUUGCUUAGAUUGGUAUUCUUGAUCGUGUUGCCUCUAUUCGAAUUUGAAUCGUUUGGGAGAACAGUUAGACUCACGUACAGCUAAUGCCAUAAAGUCUGGUGAAUAAAGAAAUUAUCAUGUUAAAAGUGCAUGCAUUAACAUGGACGAAAUUUUCCAAAUUUUACGCGAAUGUAAUUUGUACGAUAAGUCUGGCGAAACAUCGGACACGGCAGACAGUAAUUUUGCAACGAGUACGAAAAGGAACAUCGAGAUGUUGUUUGCACAGAUACAGUCCAAUAUUGGAAGCGUCGAAUAUGCAAAUCUCAACAAAAUGCUAGCACUUUGUUACUUGAAGAUUGGUAAAGAACUUCAAGCUAUAUUUCAUUUGAUCGAGUCGCAUGCAGUGAUACUUCGUCAACAGAUAUUGCAUAGGAAUGUGAAAAAGGAGAUGAGGGAAUCAAUUUUGAACACACAACAAUCUUCCGGACUCAAAUCUUCUUACGUUGGAUUCAAUGCGAAUGAUUCGAACGGAAUUGAAAAUUUAAAAGCAAAACUUUUUGAUCUGCCUGAAGAAUGGUACAUGGUCCAAGUCACUGGACAGUAUAGGUCUCCAGAUAUAUUUAAAUAUAGUAAAACUAAACCAGAUACAAUGUGUGAAAUACAUAUUACCAUAUUGCCAACAAAGACCAAAGAAGCAGAACCCUUUUGUAUAACAUUACCAGAACCCAAGUUGGAGUCCUCUUACAAUAUCUGUUAUGAAAUUCAGAACAUACUUUCUAAUAAUAGGUCAGAUUUAGAAGCUACUUAUGCAAACAACGAGUUGUAUUGGAAAAUGAGAGAGAAGCAAAAUACAAAUAUGAAGACUGCUAUACGCGCAUUAGAAUAUUCAUGGUUACGUGAAUGGAGAAUCUUGUUUGUAGCUGAUCCAAUAAAUAAACACGAUAUUGUAGAAGAUAUCGUACAAAUGAUUGAUAAACUAAUAUCUGAUGACAAAAGUUCGAAAAACAUAACAAAAAGGUCUAAAUGGUUGUUAAGGAAAGUAGCGUUAACAGCAUGUUUUCUUACUAGAGAAGAAAUAGCACGUGCAAUAAAAUAUAUACUUCCCGAUUAUGAUAAACUGGCAGAUAACAUAAUAUUGUCCAUAUUUGGAAAAUUAUCUUGUACAGAGGAAUUGAGAGAUGCAACUAGGAAGACAUUAAUUUUAAUUGUUGAUGAACACAUGGAUUACAUACCUUUUGAAUAUAUGGAAAUUUUAAAAUGUCAUCCAGCUACCCGUUUUCCAUCGUUGCAUAUUGCAUAUGCUUUGUUCAAAGAGCAUGAAAACACGAUAGAGAAUGGCUGUAAAAUAAUUUAUGUGAAAAACGAUAUGGGUACGUGUAUAGUUAAUCCUUCUGGUAAUUUGGUUAAGAUGGAAAAACGUAUGAGAUUGUUUAUUGAGCAUUGGUUACCAAAUUGGAAAAGUUGGUACAACGUGGAGCCACAAGAAGGAAUCUUCGAGGAUGCACUAGUAAACCGUGAUAUUUUAAUGUAUAAUGGCCAUGGCAGUGGAAUACAAUACUUGCGAGGAGAACAGAUUGAAAGACUUAGAGUAAGGUCGAUUGUUUUAUUAUUCGGUUGUAGUAGUGUAAAACUACUUACAACGGGAGGACGUUACCCACCGUAUGGAGUUCCAAAUCAGUAUUUAAUAGCUAGCAGUCCUUGCGUGCUUGGUAUGUUAUGGGAAGUCACGGAUGCUGACACUGAUAAAAUGACGACGAAUUUCAUUAGUAAUUGGAUUCCAUCGCCAUCAAGUAGACCAUGGACCGACGUUGAUAUUAAUACGUGGUGUGCGGGUACACUAAAAUUUUUAAAAACUCGUCAAUUUUCACAAAACGUGCCCGUAGAACCUGAGAUGUUGAGAGCAGUAGCAAAAUCUAAAGAUAUCUGUUCUCAGUAUAUGACCGCGGCUGCAAUAGUAGUACGAGGACUACCAGUAAAACUCAUUUGAAUUGUAAAUAUAAAAAAAAAAAGAAUGCUGCAAAUGAAUCUACAUUGAACAUCAGUUUGUAUGUAUAAUUAAAAAAGCUAGUAAAAAAUUUUAUUUAUAAAACG